CCCCUAGCAGACCAGAUCACACCAUGGAGUUGACAUGGCUACAUCUCUGACCGCCUGGGCUGCAGAGUCGCCCUCUGCACCGCAAACACGCCUAUAGACUAGUGUGUGUGUGUGUGUGUGUAUGUGUGUGUGUGAAUGUGUUAGCGUUAGUGUGUGUUUGGUUUUGUCGAUGGUAUCCCAGUGGCCUGUUGGAGGAUGCCACUUUGUAAAUAAUUAGUUUAUUGUGAAAUUAUGCUCUUUUGGAGAAGGAGGUAGCAUGUCUAACGGUUACCAGACUCUAACACAAGGAGGACGUGCCCUAACAGUGGCUGUCCUUUAAAAUGGACUCCGAAUACCCCCAUGACACGGAGCGGUCAAAGGAGACUUUUGAUUUCUGACCUAUAACGGACAUGUCAAGCGGUGUCGGUGCUUUUUGACGGUCAUGUCUAACGGUUACCGUACUUUGUCACAGCACCUGAAUGACCUGAAGAAGGAGAACUUCAGCCUCAAGCUCCGCAUCUACUUCCUGGAGGAGAGGAUUCAACAGAAGUAUGAGGAGAGCAGUGAAGAUGUCUACCGUACGAACAUCGAGUUGAAGGUGGAAGUAGAGAGCUUGAAGCAGGAGCUCCAGGAGAAACAGCAGCUUCUGGAUAAAGCCCUCACAACAGCGGAGAGCUUGACCAAUCACAAUGAGGCAGAGCUGCAGAGACGGUGUCAGGAGAGACAGCAGGAAAUCGAUCACAUGCAGCAAGUGCUUGAGACCAAGAUUCAGCUCCUGCAGGAGGAGGCCCAGCUAGCACGCAGUGAGGCUGAGCGGAUGGCCUCGCUGGCUGGGUCGCACUCCCACGCCUCCCUCCUCUCGCUAGACAUCCCCAUGGAGGACAUCCCAGAGGAUGAGAGGCCUCCGAGCAUCCUGUCCCCUUCCAACACCACUAAAGACAGGUUAAUAGAGGAGUUGACUAAAGAACUUAGCUCCAAGGAGGCUAUUAUCACAGAGCUGAGUGGAGAGAAGACAACUCUCACACGGAGGGUGGGAGAGCUGGAGGGGCAGGUUGAGGAGCUGUCUUCAUCUCUGCUGCAAAAGGAUAAGGAUGUGGAGUUUUAUCAGGAAGAACUUGGUCAUGAGAGGCUGCGCAUUGAACAGGAGAUGCAGAGCCUUGUUGAGGAGCAGCAGAGUCAACUGAACCAGUAUGAGUGCGCGGCCGGACAGUGUGUCAGCGAGCUGCAGAAGGCCCAGCUCCAGGUCCAGUCCCUGCAGGCCAAGAUCCACGAGAGUGAGGCCAACAACAUGAAGCUGCAAGAGAAGCUGAAUGAGAUGGAGUGUGAGCUGCGUUCAAUCCGUCAGGCUGCUCAGAGUCAGGAAAGAACCAUUCAGUGUCUCACAGAGUCUAACAGCACAAAAGACAGUGAGGCCCAAGAGCUGUACCAGCUCAUUGAAGGGCAGAACACCACCUUGUGUAAGCUGAGAGAAAUGGCCCAUCGCAACCAGCUUGCUCAGUCCAAGGCUCCAGAGGGGGUCAGUGAGUCCUUGACGCUCGCCCAGCUGCAGGGCGAGCUGGUGGGGGUUCAAAGCUCCCUGUUCUCCCUUGGUCUGGAACUGGAAGCCAGCCAGAGGAGUCUGAGACAGAGCCAGAGGCAAGAAGAGGACCUGGUGAGGUUCAAGGAGCGACUCAACUCUGAUCUACAGGAGGCUCUGCAGCACAGGGAGGUCACUGAAAAACACAACCAGGACCUUCGCUGUGCCCUUCAGAAAACUCGCUCCGAGCUUCAGGCUAAAGAAGCAGCUUUGAAGGAGAGCGAGGCGGAGAGACACGCUGUGGUGCAGGAAAAAGACAGGAGCAUCGCACAGCUCAAAUGCUCUCUGCAAGACAAGGAGCAACAGUUACAGGAGUACUCAGAGAUGUUGGAGUCAACAGGAAGCUCCAAACCAAGAGAUGCCCUGCUGGAGAAACUAAGAGAGCGUAUUAAAGAUAGAGACAGAGCUCUGGAGCGCUCCAUUGAUGACAAGUUCCGCUGUGUGGAGGAGCGCGAGGGCCAGGUGAGGAGGCUACAGCUGGCCCUCAGGGAGAAGGAACGAGACCUGGAGAGACUCCGCUGCAUCCUGUCCGGCAAUGAGGAGACCAUCACGAGUCUGGACGCCUUGGUGCGUGGUAAAGAGCUGGAGCUGGAGCAGGCGGCAGAGGCCUACAGGAACCUCCAGUGGCUGAAGCAGCAGAGUGAGGAGAAGGAGAGAAACACUCUGAGAGAGAAAGACACCAUCAUCAGCCAGCUACAGGCAGCUCUACAGACACGCAGCCAGGAGACACAGGAUCUGACAGCAGCCCUCGUUGCAAGAGUCCAGGCUGGUCCCACCGAAGUCGUAGAGGAGCUGAAGGCUCGGCUGGUGCUGAAAGAGAAACUCUUCCAGGAGCUGCUGUCAGACCGUAGCCGCCAGUCUAAUGAACACCAAGCGCAAGUCCAGGACAUGCUCAACACCCUGAGCUCCAAAGACCAGUAUCUGCAGGACUACUCCUACAGGCUCUCUCUUGUGAUUAGCGAGCAGACCAGCCAGCUGCAAGAGCUCCGCAGACAGCUCUCAAUAAAAGAGCAGGAGCUGUGCGAGCUGAACUGGGACAAGGAGAAAGAGAUGGGAGGAGAGACGGAGCAUCUGCGCAGUCUACUCAAAGAGAAAGAAGCCUUUAUUAAGGAACUGAUGCAGGGCCAGGAAGAGGCGAUGCAGCCGUCCUCUAAGGAGAGUGAAGUGGAGAUGAAGACUCUCCAAGAGGAGUUGCAGCUGGUAAUGAAGAAGGAGAUAGAAGCUCAGAAGGAGCUCUCUGCUCUGCGUUUGUCUUUGGCUCACCAGCAGGCUGCACGAGUGGACACUAAGGACAGCUCUGAUCAUCAAUGUGUGCUGGAACAGCUUGUGUCAGAGUACAACAAGCUCAAUGAUGCCCUGAGGGCGGAGAAGCGAUUAUACCAAAAUCUUGUGCACAUUCACAGCAAGAGUGACAGCUCAGAGAAGAUCCAGGCACUCCACACUGAGCUAGACUCGGUUCAGGCCCUCCGCAGACAGCUGGAGGAAGUCCUGGCCAGGACCCGUAACAUGGCCCUGGUGCUGGAAAGGGCAGCUAAAAGGCAGCCUGAUUUUGGAGAGCUCAGCACAGAGGAAGAGGAGGAGGGAGACGAUGAAGACGGCAGCAGUGAUGAGUUCACAGACAGCAUAGAGGAGGAGGAUGACAAAGUGUCGACCAGAAGUUUGGCUUCCAUUCAGGCUUGUGGACGUGAGGGUGUUACCGGAGCGCCGGUGAGGGGGGUAGCAUCCCAGAGAUCUGAUGUAAAGCAGCUUGAGGAAGCAAAAAAGACACUUGAAGGCCAUCUUGAAGAAAUAAAGUUACAACUGGAGAGGGAUGGAUACACCUCUGUGGGUCAGAUGAGGAGUGCACUGCAGAGGUUGCAGCAGGAGAACCAGGCUCUGAAAGAAUGCCAUGGACGAACUGGAGUUGUGGGACUGAGGGCUAACACAGAGGAGAAUCACAGGGGUCUGAUCCAGGAAGAAGAAGAAGAAGAAGAAGAAGAAGAGGAGGAGUUGGAGGAGGAGGAGGAGGAGGAGGAGGAAGAAGAGGAAGAUAUUGAGGAAGAAGAUGAAGAGGAGGAAACAUCUCCAGUGUCUGUGGGGAAGCGAGGUCCUCCAUGUGUUAGUCUGAGUGAGGAGCGAGGAAAGAGGCGAUGCACAAGGCCUCUGAUGUCCCAUCAUCACACACACCAGCCUGAGACGGAGGUGGAGCCUGCUGGUGUCAGCAGAGAGGUCGGAGAGCUCUGGCAGGAUAUAGAGGAGGGUCUCCGUGAGCAGGCGGCCCGUCUCAGCUCUGAUCUGGCUCUGAGCCACCAGGAGAACAGAGAGCUCCAGGAGAGGCUGAUGGUGUCUGAGGCCACGGUCCAUGCUCAGGCUGAACAACUGAAGGACUACAGAGACCUGCUAACAGAGACAUCGGUCCAGCAGGCCAGUAAGCAGGUGCAGGUGGAUCUCCAGGAUCUGGGUUAUGAGACUUGUGGUCGCAGUGAAAACGAAGCUGAGAGAGAAGACGCCAGCAGCCCAGAGUUCGAUGACCUGGAGAUGUGCACGUCGCUGUCCAAUCAACAGGACUAUGAGGGUGGUAACUGGUACGCUGGUAACUGCAGCAGUAACAGAGGUGCUUAUGAAAUGGGGGAUGAGUCAUCCUCUCUCCAGCAUUUGGUCCAGGAUCUCCGCUCACAGCUGACCCGCUGUCACAAGGUGAUCCGUGGGCUGCAGCUGCGUGUCCGCUCCCUGUCUAACACCAGCGACUAUGCCUCCAGCCUGGAGCGCACCCCACGCAAGGUAAACUGGGCCUUCGAGACAUCACCAGCCCCGAGUGGUGUGGAAGAGGAUGAAGGCUGGGUGUCUGACACCCAAGGGAUUCGUUCAGGGUCUAAGCCCAGCAGGGAACUCCAAGAGCUGAUGGCACGAGUUGCGUCACUGGAGGCGCAACUGAAGAGCUCCAGACAGGAGGGCAAAGGCCAAGCCGAAGAGGGGAAAUGUGCCACCUGGCCUGGGAAGUACAACUCUCUGAUCCAGACACAAGCUCGUGAGUUGUCCCACCUGAGGCAGAGGAUGAGAGAGGGGCAAGGAGUCUGCCAUAUCCUCACCCAGCACCUGGGUGAUACCACCAAGGCCUUUGAGGAGCUGCUGCGUGCCAAUGAUAUUGAUUACUACAUGGGUCAGAGCUUUAGAGAGCAGUUGGCACAGAACACUGCCCUGGCUCAAAGAGUGGUCACCAAGAUCAGUGGACGCGACCGUGCAGAGAGCCAUAAUGACAAGACAGGCCAUGAGUUACUUGCCCUACGGCUGAGUAAGGAACUUCAGCAGAAAGAUAAGAUCAUCGAGUCCCUUCACACCAAGCUGCAGCAGCGCCCGGAGACCCCGUCCAGCUGCCAUGCUCUCUCUGAGACUACCGACCAAUCAGACAGAACCUCCCUGGUGUCCGAUGAGUACAGAACCAAUGAAGACUUGGAGCUGUGCUCUGAUAUAGACAGCAGAGAAUAUCAGGAGGAGCACCGGCUGCAGCAGCCAGGACACGGAUCAGAACAAGACGUCCGCCCAUCUAUCCCUCCACCUCAUGGCUUCCUCAAGUCCUCCAGUAGCUGUCCCAACAUGCUUUGCUCAGGCCCUGUGGGUCAGUCCUCCAGAGCCCUUUUCAGUGAGCCUGUCACCUACUCCCUCUCUGUCCCCUCUGGCCCUGAUGUCUGGGGUGUGGGAGUCACUUCUGAACCCCGGCCCAGGGCCCUGUCUGUGAUCGCUGUUCGCCCAGAGCUGGACACGCUGUACAAACAGAUGAAUGAGCACAACAGGGGUUUUUCAGUCCACCAUGACAAGGCUCUGUUCACUCUCUCACCUGGUGCCCACAACCAGCACGACCUCUCCAGCUAUAGCCAGCUACCCCAUCAUGCCUUUCAACAGUAUCAGCUGGGUGGCAUUCCUGAAGGCCACUCGCUGAAGUCUGACUCAGGUCUAGUGACAGGAGGGACUUUGUGGGACAUGGAGGGCAUAGUUCAGCCAGUUGGAAACUAUUCUGGAUCACCAGGACACCAGCAAGAGAGCAGCCAUGCAGGGGUAAAUCUGAUAGAGGAGCACCUGCGGGAGGUGAGGUGUCUCCGUCAGCGUCUGGAAGAGUCCAUUAGGACCAAUGAGAGGCUCCGACAGCAGCUGGAAGAGAGGCUGGCCACAACUGGGCGUGAUGGAGGGGCACCAACAAACAUCUACAUUCAGGGGCUGGACACAGUCACUCAACUGUCCAACGAGAUCAGAGUCCUGAAGGAAGAGAACUUGGGUCUACAGUCACGCCUGCAAGCCAGCACAGACACAUGUGAGGAGGUGGUGCAGCUGCGGGAGGCAGUGUUUACAGCACGUGCCCGUCUGAAACAAGCAGAGCUGGAGGCAGAGCAGUGGAAGGAGGAGCUAAGACGACUUCAGGCUCACAGUCAGGAGCAGGGACAGCAGAUACACAUAUUAAGGCAGGAACGGCAGGCCAGUCAGGAGAAAACCAACAGGCUCCAGCAUGAGGUGUCUCUACUGCAGCAGCAGCUAUGUGAGAGCAGAGAGCUCAUCCACUCCCUGCAGAGUGAACUACAAGUGUACGAUCGAGUGUGUUCCACCACAAAGGCCAACAAAGGCUACCUGUGUGAGCUCCCAGGUCUACCUGUGGAGCUGGGGGAGCUGCUCGGGGAGGUGAGGAGUCUGCGAGCCCAGCUGCAAAACAGCGUCCAGGAGAAUAGUGCCCUCAAACAACUGGAGCUCCACAAGCAGCUGGAGCAGAAGCUGGGUGUCGGCUCUCCUCGGACUCCCUCCCUCUCUGCGCUCACUGCCAGCCCUCAGAGAGAAAACUUCUACAGACGACAGCUGCUGCACGACCCAGCUCCGUCUCCACCAGUCAGGGACAUUGGUCUGUUUAACUGUGGAUCUCCCGGUCCUCCCUACUCAGACCUGGACGACAGCCAUAUUACUGCCAAUGACCCUCUUGACCCUCACUCUGAGUUGGAGGGGGAGGCCCCCGACGGAUCAUUUGCGAACCGUAACGGCCGCCACGCCAUCGGCCAUGUGGAUGACUUCAGUGCUCUUCAGCAGCAGGUCCUAGAGGGCCGGAGCCUUGUCCAGCGCAUGGAGGCAACCCUGCAGGCCUGCCUCAGCCCACCGCUGCUGGAUGGCGACCAGAAACAGAGCAGUGAGCUGAUCCUGGACUAUGGAUGUGUGAAGAGUCUGCUGUCCAACACCAAGACUCUGAGGCAGAUCCUGGAGGAGGUGAUGUCUCUGCUGAAGAUGUUCUGGAGAGCAGCUCUACCCAGCACUGAUCCCUCCGUCCAAAACCUUAAGAAGGAGCAGUGUAUGCAGGAGGAGAUCUUGUCCCUGAAACUGCGUGUAUCAGAGCAGGAGGAGGUUCUUAAGGGGACAAUUCAAAGACUGAGGAGCACCAGCCGCACCAAGGAGAGCAUGGAGCACUUCAUAGUCAACCAGUUGUCAAGGACUCGUGAUGUGCUGAAGAAAGCAAGAACAAAUUUAGAGAAGAAUGAGCUGAGACUUUCCUCUCUAAGCUCCUCCUCUUCCUCUUCUUAUGCUGCUGAGGACCCAGGAGGUGCUGCCAGAGAGCGGCCUGCUGAUCGCAGUUUCCUGAAGACCAGCAGUGCUUCCGGAGCUGCAGCCAAUCAUCGCCCAGCAGCGAGAAAGCGCAGCAGCCAAUGCCUGCUUUAGACUUUUAAAGAACCAGCCUCAACGCCACCACCUCUGACCUCUAUGCUGAAACAGCCAAGACCCACAACCCCCACCCUCCUGCCAGCCCUCCACGCCAGCCUUUUCCUAUCCCACCCAACCUCAGCCUUUACCUCCGUCCAGCCUUGAGAGUGCUUCCAUCCUCCCCUCCUCCGGGCAAUAUGUGCACAGUAUAAUCUGCACCUUGAGCCUUACCAAACUCCCUUCAACCCGCCACCAGUUUUCAGUCACUCUCUACCACCUCUCCCACUACAUGUAGUAUGUCUUUGAGUGAUACAGUCAGCAGUUUGCCUUGUCGUGUGUGUGACAGAAGAAGGUGUUUGAAAUGUGCCUCUGGUGGUUUCAGUGACGUGCGUCCUACUGAUGGAGCUGGUUGAACAUGCUCCUAGACACUGAUCUCAGACCAGGUGUGUUUCCAUAAAGGCAUUUUGGUUUUAGGAGAUUUGCAAGAACUUAACUUGGAGUUAAAAUCUAAAGUUUCCAAAAUAACCCCCCUCCAGGAUCUGUGUCUAAGAGCAUCCUCUCCUGAGAGCCAGACAGCCUGUGGACGGAAUAAGUGUUCAUGCAUGUUUAAUCGUGGCCUGUGAGAGGAAUUCUGCACACACGUACACACACAUAUAUAUAUUUAGAUAUAUAUAUAUACAUAUAUGUGUGGUCGAGAUGGCUCACUCAAAGACAAGACAUCCUCAACUUUUAACUGCCACAGAAAUGCAAGUUUACUUCUCGUGGCACUUUUAUUAACGAGGAGUGUUUUUUGCAAAUGCAAUGCAAGGAACAGUGACACCCACAACGUAUCACUAGACACAGUGGAGGAAUGUAGAGGAGGUAGGUGAUCACUGCUAAGUAGUCGUGUAUAUCUGUAUUUGUGGAGGAAGCUUAUGAAUGGUAUGUCAGCCUUCAGCCAAGGGUUCUGAAUAGCUGAACAAAAGCAAGAGAAAGGUUCCAUUUUAGUCACAAGCCUCCUCUUUUGGGUCCUAACGUUACUUUUUUGGCAUCUACCUACUGAAUUUGAAGUCAAAUGCAGGGGAGUGGGGUAAAAGAAAGCUUAAGGCUUUGAUCAAUCUGGUUGGUUGUGAUUUCUGUAUACUAGAAUCUGUACACUAGAAUUUGUAAAAAAAAUAAUUAAAAAAAGAGGUUAAAGUGCUGAAAUGGAACCAGGCUAAACACGCGUAUUCAAGCUCCUCUGUAGGAGUUCUCAUACGAGCAUGUGCAAUAAUGAUGUUUCUUGAAUGAUCAUGCUGCACCGGGUUAUUAUUUUUCUUUGCUUGACACUGGAUUAUUAGUCACACUCAUAAUAAAGUUAGGACACAAUCAGUGUUAUGAUUGUGCAUUUUGUUCUGGUGUGUUGAUGCAUGACAGAGACUGUAAGUGGUCAAAUCUAAGCUAUGGAACAGGGGAUUGCCAAUACUUGCCAAAGUUUGAACUUUAAACUCUUUACUUUCACUUUGACUUGCCUUAUCCAUGCGAAUGACAAACCUAGGUCUGAUCAGACUAUAGGGAUACCGAGGUGUCUUUUAUUAAAGGGUCUAGAACCACAGAGAUGGUAACCGUUAGACAGCUAGUUCAGUUUAUUUUGAAUUGUGGAAAUGAGCUCCUUUUUUUGGACCAAAACUCAACUAAGUGGAUUUUCAUAUGCUUUUGUCUUUAUGUUAUUUCUCGUGGUUCGUGGCCGUAUUAGCAUUCCCAUGGCAAUGGCAAUAUAGGUUAUCAAGUUCUUAUAGAUAAUGCAAACUUUGGCAGGCUACUGGUGGGAUCAUUGUUCUUUAAUUCACUCACUUACAACAGUUCAACUUCAUGUUUAGUUUGAUAUGUUUUCUUGCUGUACAUUUGCCAUUUUAUGCUGUAAAUAACCUGCUUUUUCUGUAUGAACUUUUCUUUUGUUUGAGGGUGUGUGUGUGUGUGUGUGUGUGUGUGUGUGUGAGCAUGCGUGUGCCUGCGUGUGCGUGUGUGAAAAAAACAUCCAACAUUUGCUUUUUGCAAAGUUGAUUUUCUGGGUAGCUGUGCAAUAGCUUUAUAUCUUUUAUUUUGAUGUUAAACAUCAUUGUAUUACGAGUAUGUUUGCUACAUUCACUUCCUGCAAUGUAUGAUUUAUAUGCAGUGUAUGUUAGAGGAUUGUGUCACUUUGAAUAAAUUAGUCACGUAGGUUGUGUCUGAUAAGAAAUCACAAACUAUGCCUUCAUGAUAUCUAAGUCACUGAUCACAAUAUUGUCCACCUAUAACAAAGCUCUGAUUAAUGUUGCUUCGCUUGCCUUUAAAUUUAGCUUGAGAGCUUCUUCAGUGGGCUCUCAGUGGUAGAAAUGGCCUUGAACUAGCGCUCGUCUACCUGAGAUCUGUCAAAUUAGGUUUUGUUUGCGCUCGAGUCUUCAGAAAAAGACAAAAGUUGCCAAGUAUUUCAAUAGAAGUGAAAAGUUUGAUAUUACCUUUUGAAAUUAAAGAAGUUAAAGGGAAAAGUUUUGAAGAUUUGUCUACUGUAAAAAAAGAAAAAAAGCCAAUGACUGGAAAGAUUAUGAAAUGCAGAAUCCAUAAAGCACCUUGUUAGAGCGUAAACAAAGCCUUUUUGCUAUUGUUAUUAAGAAGGGAAUCAAACAGCAGUUUGAAACAAUGUAUUGUUGGUCCUGAGUUACGUAUGUAUAUAGCGCUAUUUGAUUGGUGCAGCUUUUAUGUGAUUGGAAAGCAGCUUUUUUUCUGAGUUUGUGCAUAAUGAACUAGAAAGCCGAUACAGGACUCAUAUGGAUCCUGUCUCUGAUGACAGUUAACAGUGUGCUGUGUUGGCAAAAGUAUUAUCACUGAAAGAUUUUGGUAAAGAAUGAAUAAAACACUUAAAAAGCUUGUG